AUGUCAGGGAACGCGAUGAGUCCGGUUGGAAAAUUCACUUGAGAAUAUAAAGAAGUCUUACAGACAAUACAGAGACUCUAAUCUAAAUUAACUUUGAAAAUAUAUACAUUCCUUCCAAGUUUCGAAGAGUAUUUGGAUAAAUAAAGAGCCUAUUUCUCGCUUUUCUCCGACAUCUUGAGGGAGGUCGUGAGUGUAAGGUUUUCCAUUGAAGAGCGUGUUCUUGAUACUUUCUUUAGCUCUUUGAAAUUACCAAAACAUCCCAAGAGGCGUUCGCCUUAGCCUUCAGCUUAGGCUAUUAUUUCGUGCUUUCCCGUUCUAGAAAGAACGUUCUCCGGUGAGCACUCAAGUAAGACUUCAAAAAAAAAAAGAGAGCGCGAUUUGCAAAAAAAAAUCCGCCCCCUUUUUGCGGCAUGGAAAAAUUGUUUUGUUCAUUUCAAACGAAAAUAUCACGCUUCUUCUUUUAAAAUUUCUAUUAUGCAUUCUUUGAAGAUCCUUUAUGUUCAAAAAAUUCUGAACAAAAGGUUUCCUUUGUGCAAGCUUCCUCAGGUCUACAGAUCUUAUGCCAUUAAAUCUGGAGAACUUUUACCUUUGAAUUCAAGCACAUUUUCACCCACCGCGUGUUUACUUGCCACCAACAGAGUUAUUAUAACCGGUAAGCAAUGAUAAUAAUAAUACAUUCAAGUUCUCCUAGAAUGUCGGUAUGUCAGGACCUUCAAUAACGAUGAGGCCUCCCUCGAGGGAAAAAGAACUGGAGACGCCUCAACAUCUGCCGAGAGGGAAGAGACCAAGCAGGAGCAAAGCGAAGGAGCUCCAAAACCUGAUUUCAAACCGGAUCCAGCAACCGGUAUGUUUUACGUGUCAAAAUUUCGUCUGUUUUACUGAAUUCGUUAAAUUGUUUUCUAAAAUUCUUUGAAUUUUCUGUUCUUUGCAGUUAUAAUUCGUUUUCUCAGUUCGACGACUGAGGAUUUACGUUUUCGUCGUUGCUUCACUGUCCUUCGUUACAUCGUUCCUGAUCUUAUCCCAAAUGUUCACGGGGGAUCGUGCGCUUUCAGAGGGAAUUACGGAUGAAAAAUUUCCAAAAAGUUAGAUUAACCGUCAAAAUCCUUAUUUUUAUUAUUUUUAAGGACUGGAAUCGAUUUCCAAGAGUUCUCUCAAAAAGUAUUUGAAAAAAAUGGAGAAGUGCAGAAGAUUCUAUUCGUUCCCUCCCACACCCGUGCUAUUGCCUUCUUGCACCCUGGAGCCGUCGUUGACGGUCAUAAGGUUAUGCCACUUCCUUGUAAUCGACGAAAAUGUUCACAUUCUCAAAACGUGACAUGCGUUGAGGUUCCUAGUGAAAAAUAUUUGAGCAAAUUAAUGAAAAAUCUCUGUCAAAAAUCUGUUGAUUCUAAACUUUCAGGUUAAAGACAACUUGUUGGUGAUAAAUUAUCCGCACAACGCCCAACAGUUCUGGGCGGACAUCCGAAAAGAAGAAGCCGAAUUAGGUAUUUCUUUGGCUCAAGGAGUUCCUAUCAACCUCUACCAGGGAAUGACCACCUUCCGGUCAGAUAUUUCUUAUCUUCUCUACAACGUUCCACUGUUACAGGAUGAUCGAGUUGGUCGUCGGAGUGCUGAUUCUCGCCUUUUUGGGAACGCAGUACGGCCGUUUGCUGAGAAAGCGUUUGCUCGAGAACAAGGCCAACAAGAAACAAUGA